AAGUAUCCCAAUUUUAUGAGUUUUCUCGUCCUUAACUUUACUGCCACAAACGACGUCAAUUGUCCCCAGAAGAACAAUUUCGCUGUAGCAUCGUUGAAGUUAAGAAAUCAUGUAAAGUGUCGAUGCCGUCAGCGGAGUCGCUUCAAGUUUGGAUUGCCAGGAUGAAGUCAUUUCCGAGCAAGCAAAUUCUACAGUAUUUUGGACCCGAGUUGAGGAGGAUUAGCUUGUAGACUGAUGGUUGAAGGCCGUGCUUCUGCGUGCUCCAGAUUUGUUUACAAUUGCAGCAGCAGCUCGGUUAUGGCGGACGAGGCGAAGGUGUUGGGCUAGCAAUAUUCUGGUACUCACUAGAUAUCAUCAUGUUGAUCAACUGCGGUGCGAAUCCAAUCCCCAACGGAGCAAGUUGCAGUUCUCAUCACUAUCUCUCGGAGCUAAAUUCCCACCCCAAUUUUGCUGUGUUCAAAUCUCUGGGGAGCCCCAGAAAUCUGAGUCUGGGGUUUUUCUGCAAGGAUAAUGUGUUGUGUGCGAACUUUUCGACAUUACCACAGCGGGUUGAGAUUCUGCACUGCGGUGUUGAUGGAAUUCGUGGAGGUGGCCAACGCCAUGAUUAUAUCCACCCUCAAUCCCACGAAUCAGCUGAAAACAUCUCUAGUUUUUCUAGAGAGCUCAUUGCUGGAGCUAAUUCCGUGGUCGAGGACUCUUUAGCUGAGAGCGACAUAGUUUUGCAUCCAGUUGAAAACAAAGUUUCCGUGCAAACACAAUCACCUCGCAAGAAAUCUGGAAAAGAAACAAGAUUCCAGGUGGUGGAGGAACUACGAUCGGGGCGCACUCCUUUUGAUGUUUUAGAGAGCAUGACAGAGUGGAGUCCACCUGUGUUGUGGGCUGUCGUGGACUACCUACGUGCGCAUGCCCGUAUGCAAGAGGCUCUGGAGGUCUUUACGUGGUGGAAGCAGCAAGAUGGAUACCGACCAUGUGAACUUCACUACACGAAAUUUAUACGCAUGCUUGGUCAGGCGCGUAUGCCAACAGAAGCUCGAGCACUUUUUAUUGAGAUGUGUGGAGUAGGUAUUCGGCCAAGCGUGGUUACCUACACAUGUCUUCUCCAAAGUUAUGCUGAACGUGGCCAAUUUGAGGAGGCUGAAUUGAUACUUGAAGAUAUGAUUCUGAGUGGUGAUGCAAAACCUAAUGCCGUAACAUAUACAGGUCUAAUGCACGCCUACGGUAAAUAUAGAAUGUAUGAUGGCAUGUGGCGAACCUUCAACAGAAUGAAGACUGGAGGUGUUCCUCCUGAUGAAUUUGCUUACAGAACCUUGAUAAAAGCAUACGCUCAGGGAGGUCUCUUUGACAGGAUGCAGCUUAUAGCAAAAGAAAUGAGUCUCGAUGGCAUGUACGCAGACUCAGCUACUUUGAAUGCAGUAGCUCAGGCGUAUGCAGAAGCUGGAUUGGUGAAGGAGAUGGAGAAACACUAUGAGAUUCUUAGAAAAUACUCUUUUAUUCCCAACCGGACAACAAUCAAAGCAAUGGUUUGGACAUAUGUGAGGAAUAGUCUGUUCUUUCAGCUAAGUAGAUAUGUAAAAAGAGUGGGCUUGAAAAGACGGACUAUGGGGAACUACUUGUGGAAUGCUCUCCUAUUAUCUCGUGCAGCUAACUUUUUAAUGGACGACUUGAGAGUAGAAUUCGAAAAUAUGAAAUUUGCAGGGUUUUUUCCAGAUGUCACAACUUGUAAUAUAAUGGCUAUAGCAUACAGUCGCAUGAAACGGUUCUGGGAUCUGCAUGAGCUGAUCAUCACGAUGCAGAAUAACGGAAUCGCUCCUGAUUUAGUAACCUAUGGAGCGGUAAUUGAUUUGUUUAUUGGAGCUGAUCUGAGGCCUAAGUUAUUGGAGGAGUUAGUGGAGUUCAGAAACCUUGAUGUUUUGGCAGAGAUGGGGACAGAUCCCUUAGUGUUUGAGGUGUUCGGAAGAGGGGGGUUCCUUGUAGCUUGUGAAACACUUGUGAGGAAUAUGGAAGGUCAAGACAUGGAUCAGCGAACAUAUGCUGAACUGAUUGGAUACUACCUCCAGUCUCUUCCCAAGCGAAGCCGUUCAAGUUCACGAGUUUCUUUGUCUUAACGAACUUGGGAGAUUAUCCCAUUCAGCUUAUCACUUUUUCAUUCUUUGAGAUAGAGAGAGUACUAGUAUCCAACUAGCGCACUAUGUGGAACCUCUGUCUUUGCAUUAUACCUUGAUAUGAAUAUCUAUGUUUAUCAUAGUAGCUCCUGGUGAGUGUAUGUUA